AUGUCAACCGCUUCUGCCACCCUUCCACAGUCAAGGUCGACCGCCUUAUGCGCAUCGACCGCUUCUCUCACGUUUCAGCACUUGACAUCAGAAGUCUCCGGCUUGUUGAGACCAGAGUGCACCCGCUGGGAUGCCAUGCGCAGCAUCUUCCCUGCCGGCACCGUCUCUGGUGCCCCCAAGAUCAAGGCCAUAGAGUUGAUCUACGACUUGGAGAAGGAAAGGAGAGGCAUCUAUGCCAGUGCUGCCGGAUGGUUUGCCUAUGACGUCGUCCGUUCUCUUGGUGAGGGUAAGGGCUUCAAGCUGGACGAGGGUCAGAUGGAUACCUGCAUUGCUAUCCGGACAAUGCUGGUCAAGAAGGGCAUUGCCUACCUUCAGGCUGGCGGCGGUAUUGUCUUUGACAGUGAGAAGACGGAGGAGUGGAUGGAGACGAUGAACAAGCUGGCUGCCAAACUGAGGUGCAUCGAGUUGGCUGAGAAGUACUAUGGCGAUGGGGCUGGCACCAAGUCGGUUCAGGAGAUCAUUGAGGAUGAGAGGAGGAAGGGUGAUGAGGUUUAUUCCAAGCUUCAGACUACGAGUGCUGGUGCUUGA